CGUGUAGCAGCAGCAGGCUGCUAUUCCUGGACCUGAGUGUUUUUUUCUGUCGCACAGAGGAGAGAGGGUCAGGCUCGUUUAUUUCCCGCGUUACAAAUAUUAAAAGAGGAUACAUCGCACUCAAGGCUGUGCUCGUGCUCACCAGGUUCCAGCUAAACAUGUCUUCAUCAUAUGCUGCUACGAUAGCAGCACUGAUUACAUCCAGCUCUUUUAAUCCACCCAUCAAAAGCAGCGCCCGCCCCACUUCUAACGUAACACGACGUCGUAAGCCCAGCCAGGACCACAGCCACCCUGCGACAGCAUCUCUCAUUACAACUAGCUCUUCUAAUCAAGCCAUCAAAACCGCCAGCUCUGACAUAUGGAGUCAUAAGCCCAGCCAGCACCACUGCCCUCAACCUGUACAGAAGAAUCCUCUUUCACCUGAGCCUCAGGGAUCUUAUGAUGAGCAACAGGAGAAUCCUGGAGAUUAUUGUAUAGGAGGUUACUACCCUGUAGAGAUUGGAGAAAUUUUUGUUGACCGUUACCAAGUGGUAAAAAAGUUGGGAUGGGGUCAUUUCUCUACUGUAUGGCUGUGCUGGGAUAUGGUGCAAGGGCAAUUUGUGGCUCUGAAGGUGGUGAAGAGUGCUCAAACGUUCACGGAGACGGCACUGGAUGAGAUCAAACUUCUGAAAUGCGUAAGAGACAGUGACCCCAGAGAUCCUCAACGUGAGAGCAUAGUCCAGCUCAUUGAUGACUUCAGGGUGACUGGAGUGAAUGGAGAGCAUGUGUGCAUGGUUUUGGAGGUGCUUGGCCACCAGCUACUGAGGUGGAUCAUCAAAUCUAACUACACAGGCCUCCCUCUGCCCUGCGUUAAGAGCAUCCUCAGACAGGUUCUGCAGGGUUUAGAUUACUUGCACACUAAAUGCAAGAUUAUCCACACAGACAUCAAGCCAGAAAACAUCCUUCUGAGAGUGGACGAGGUUUAUGUUCAAAAGCUAGCAGCCAACACCAAGCUGUGGCAGCUGCCCAUGUCUGCUGCAUUCACCAGCACCUCAGUGAACACAGGCUCCAGAGAAAAACAGAAUUUGUCCAGCCUAUUCGGAAAGCUGACUUGGGUUUUCCACACUCUUGGGGCGUGGUCCAGCAGGGUUUCCAGGAGUCCAAUUAAGCUGCUGACGAGGAAAGACAGAAGCCGACGAGGCAAACCCGACAUGUCGGUUUCUGAUGUCAGUGCUCCCUCUAGUACCCACAGCUCCACUUGUCACUCUAAGCUAACAGGUCCUAACCUCACUGUAAGAAGACAGACUCUGCUGUUGGAAGACAGAUUGGAUUUAGCUGCACACAGCCACAGAGACUCCUGCUGCUCGUGUCCAGACCUCAGCACAGAUGCUGCUGUCUCUGGCUCCAGAUCAGUGUUAUUACAUCAGACUGCAGACAGGGAGCCUCUUCCACCUUCACCAUCCUGUCCACGAGGCACCGGUGACUCAGAUGUUAUUCUGGACCUACUGAAGCCUCAGAAUGCCGACAAAAUCCUCAUCAAGAUUGCUGAUCUGGGCAACGCCUGCUGGGUGCACAAACACUUUUCUGAAGACAUCCAGACGUGUCAGUAUCGUUCUGUGGAAGUUCUGAUUGGCGCUGACUACGGCACACCAGCUGACAUCUGGAGCGCCGCCUGCAUGGCGUUUGAGCUCGCCACAGGGGACUAUUUGUUUGACCCCCAGUCAGGAGCCACAUUUUCUCGCGAGGAAGAUCACAUUGCUCACAUCAUUGAGCUACUGGGACCUCUUCCAUCACAGUUUGCCCUCUCAGGGAGAAAUUCUAAACGAUACUUCAACACUGAGGGACAGCUGCGACGCAUCUCAAAGCUGAAGCCGUGGAGCUUGUUGGAAAUCCUGCUGGAUAAGUAUGAGUGGCCGCAGGAGGAAGCUUUACAGUUCAGUUCAUUUCUCUUGACCAUGUUGGAACUGCUGCCAGAGAAAAGAGCCACAGCUGCCCAGUGUCUGAAACACCCCUGGAUCACUUCCUAGAUGCACUGGCAUUGUAGCAUUCAG